GCACAGCGGCUCGGGAUGCUGGGCUCCAGGACCGUCCCCUCGGAGCCAGAGCCCCGGACGAUCGCGGCCAUGACGCUGACGCUGUUCCCCAUCCGGCUGCUGCUCGCCGCCUUCAUGAUGCUGCUCGCCUGGCCCUUUGCGCUCGUCGCCUCGCUGGGACCCACCGAGAGGGACCCCGAGCAGCCCCUGGCCUUGUGGCGGAAGGUCGUGGACUUCCUGCUGAAGGCCAUCAUGCGUGCCAUGUGGUUCGUCGGCGGCUUCCACCGGGUGGCCGUGAAGGGGCGCCAGGCCCUGCCCACCGAGGCGGCCAUCCUCACCCUGGCACCACAUUCCUCCUACUUCGACGCCAUCCCCGUCACCAUGACCAUGUCCUCCAUUGUGAUGAAGGCGGAGAGCAGAGACAUCCCGAUAUGGGGAACUCUGAUAAAGUACAUACGGCCGGUCUUCGUGUCUCGGUCAGACCAGGAUUCCCGCAGGAGGACUGUGGAGGAGAUCAAGAGACGGGCGCAGUCCAACGGCAAAUGGCCACAGAUAAUGAUUUUUCCAGAGGGAACUUGUACCAACAGGACCUGCCUAAUUACCUUCAAGCCUGGCGCCUUCAUCCCGGGAGUUCCCGUGCAGCCUGUGGUUCUGCGGUACCUGAAUCAGCUGGACACCAUCACAUGGACGUGGCAAGGCCCUGGAGCGUUGGAAAUCCUGUGGCUCACGCUAUGUCAGUUUCACAAUCAAUUGGAAAUUGAGUUCCUGCCAGUGUACAGGCCUUCGGAGGAGGAGAGGAAGGACCCAGCUCUGUACGCCAACAACGUGCGACGCGUCAUGGCGGAGGCCCUGGGCGUCUCCGUGACUGACUACACCUUCGAGGACUGCCAGCUGGCCCUGGCAGAGGGACAGCUUCGCCUCCCCGCGGACACCUGCCUCCUAGAAUUUGCAAGGCUGGUGAGGGGCCUGGGCCUAAAACCAGAGAAACUUGAAAAAGACCUGGACAGGUACGCAGAAGGUGCCCGCAUGGCAGGGGGCCGGAAGGUCAGCCUCUCGGAGUUUGCGGCGUACCUGGAAGUCCCCGCCUCCGACACGCUGGGCGCCAUGUUCUCCCUGUUUGACGAGAGCGGGGCUGGCGAGAUGGACCCGCGGGAGUACGUGGUCGCCUUGUCCGUCGUCUGCCGGCCAGCCCGGACCCUGGACACCAUGCAGCUGGCAUUCAAGAUGUAUGGGUCUCAGGAGGACGGCAGCAUAGACGAGGACGCCCUGUCCAGCAUCCUCAAGACGGCCUUAGGGGUGGCAGAGCUCGCCGUGACUGACCUUUUCCAGGCCAUCGACCAAGAAGAGAAGGGGCGGAUCACAUUUGCUGACUUCAGCAGGUUUGCAGAAAUGUACCCCGACUUUGCAGAGGAGUAUCUGUACCCCGACCGGCCGCCUUUCGAGAGCUGUGCUCAGACGCCCCCCGCUUCCACCCCCAACGGCUUCUGUGCCGACUUCAGCCCUGAGAACUCAGAAGCCGGGAGCACGGCUGCUCAGAAGAAACUGGACUAGGGAGGGGAGUGCUGGCGUCAGGAGGCUGCACCCAGCGGCCGCCCCGCCCCCACGUGGCUGCCAGCCACGGCUGUUGUGACCUCCUCCGGGUUUCACUCUCAUGCAGGCUGCGCGUUCACCGUCCCAGGCCCCAGUUCCAGAGACGGGGUGGGGGUUUCCACUUCGCUUCUGGGUGAGGCGCAGGCCUGAGGGGCCCCCGUGGGAGCUCACCGGGCGCCUGGCCUCCACAGCGAGACCCGUGUGUGGGGGGCGCCCAGCCCGUCUCGGCUGGGCUCCGGGGCCUCCCUGCUGGCAGGCGCCCAGGGGCUGGGUGGACACCAGGGGCGCUUGUCCCCCUGAAGUGCCCUGGUUUUAGGGUUCCAUCUCCGUCUUCCACACGGCCCCUCCGGUCGGUGGCGGCCUCCGCGUGCACACGUGAAAACGGGACGUGUUCUGCCUUCUGCUUCCAGCACAAACCCUCUGCCAACACCGUAGGCAUCACCACGUGGCUGACUGCCACCUGGUUUUUAAACGUUUCUAUAUUUGUGGGAGCUUAGGAGUAUUUUAUAAACUUCAUUUAGAAACUUCAGGAAACAUUGACCAUCUUUUUAAAAAAACACAGAAUAUUGUUUUUCUACUUCAUUUUCUUUCGAGGGUAUUUAUUUAUCGGCCCUUUUUUGAUAGACUCGGGCUGUCUGUGGCUUUGCCUUUGCCCUCCCGGCCUCCCCCACAGGCCCCCUCCCUUCUGAUUGGGCCCUGAGCUGCUCUCCCAUCCUUACCCCUUCUCAGCCCCCCUUUUUUUAUAAAUGUUACCAGCCUGGUACCCGCUUUGGUAUGCCGUCAUCCCCUUCACUGUGGCGUCAGCUCCAGGGGGAGCGCUGACUGCGGGUGGCCGACAGGGAUGCCGGCUGGUGGCCCCGGCCAUUGUUGUGGGUGUCGGGUAGUGUGCCGGAGCCCUGGGGUGACAUGCCGCACCCUGUGCCCGCAUCUGUGCUGAGUUAGGGCAAAGCACCAGCCUGCAGGGAGGAACUGGAGUGGGGAGCAGCGGAACGGGUGGCCGGGGUGUCUGGGGACAGCUUCAUGCAGACUUCCCCGCCUGUCACGGUGACGAGGGUGGCAUCAGUCUGCAAUAGAGAACAGCACGCCUCUCUGGCAGCAUGAGGUUUGGGUCCCCUCUCUGAGCCCAGCACGGGACAGGGGACACCUUGGUGUCACCUUUGCUCUUCCCGAAAUCCCCUUGAUUCAUUUCCUUGGGACAUGAUUUGAACCUGCCCUGAGGCACAGUCAUAGCCACAGACGCUCGCUUGUGCCCUGAAGCAAAGCCUCUGGGUUCGUUGGGGAAAGAAAUGUUUCUGAAUUUCUAAAACUAAUGGGAUUUUGUAUGUGGGGCAUCUCUAUUGAAAAUGACCACCAGGCCAGAAGCACAGGGGAAAACAUGUUUACUGACCUCCUGAGGUGGCUGUGACGUGUGUCUCUACCCAGAGACCCCCAUCAGGAAAGACCUUCAGUCCCGGUGUGUCACCCCUGCCUGGUGCCAGCUGCUCACUGCCAGCCAGGACGCAAACGGGGACGGGCUAAGCCCAGGCCACUCCCAGCCCCGCGGCCCGGGCACAACAGACUCAGACACAGCCUGUAGCCCAAGGUGACCUUAUAACCGUAAAAUGCAUCAAGGUUCAUUUUCAAAGAGAAAGACGUGCCAGCGACCAAUGAAGGAGGUGAACGAACUAGGAUGUUCCGGGGGGGCCGGGCGCGGGCUCUGUCCCUCCUGUCUGUGAUGAAGGGGUUUUGAAUGGAAUGCCACCGUGCAUUUUCAGGAGAAAAUCCCUGAUAAGCAGACAUCGAAUGGAUGUUCGCUCCUCCUGACCCACUUUCUCUUUCAUGGCGACUUCGCGGCGUUCAGAGCUCAGCCCCUUUCACUGUAACAUGACAAUGAAAUGGCAGGUGCAGCCCCGCCCCGGUCAUGGGCCGUGGGGCCGGCGCCAUGUAAAGAACUUUGGGUUUGCAAUGGAAUGAAUAAAAUAAAAUGUAAAGUCGUGUGUA